CAUCGAAAAGUAAAACUUUUGUUGUUGUCUAUUUAAUUUCAUGAAUUUCAUGAUAAGAGAUACGCAAAUACACUAAAAUGGAUUUAUUAGACUUGAUCACAGAUGGAAAAACAAACCUUUGCUUCCUCUGCCUCAAAACCGGCGACGAAAGCGUCCAUAUAGCAACGGACUAAGAAAUUCAUGAUUUCGGUGAUUUUACUACAAUUUCUCUGUCUAAAAUUAUGCGAAAGCUUUUCCCUUCAUGUGAGAUAAUAACCAGACAGUGUUGCAAAGAUUGCACCAACUCGAUACUACACAUUUAUACUUUGAUGAAAAGAAAUCUACAGUGCAAGUAUAUUUUACUUGAUAUCAUUAAAUCACUUACGAAAACCAUUGAUGAAAGUUUGAAUUCAAAAAGAAAACUAAAUAUGGAAAUAGAGAUCUCAGUUCCUGCUGCGAUGAAGGAUUUCUUUAAAAGUGACAAAUGUAAAAUUAAAAACAAAAUUGGAGACUACAGAUUUGAAUGUAAAAAGUGCGAUAUGAAAUUUCCAAGUACAAGUAAUCUACAGGAACAUAAAGAGAUAGCUCAUAAAGCUACCAGCAGUGCUGUGUUGUGUGACGUGUGUGGAAAAAACUGUGUUACUCCGAAAUCAUUGAAAUCUCACUUAAACUGCCACACCCAGGAAACCUGUAAACACUGCAAUAAGGUCUUAAAAACCCAUGCUCACUUCAGAAAACACUUAAAAAGCCACAAAACUGGUGUCAAAAUGAACCAUAACAGCAAAUCUUUGUAUAAGUGUCAGCAAUGUGAUUAUGAAAGUGGAAAUAGUAAAUCUCUUGAAGGCCAUAUGAAUAAGGUACAUCUAAAAGUAAGGCCGUACGAAUGCAACAUUUGUGAUCGAGCAUUUUACAGACAGUGUCACUUAAAAGAGCACAUAAUGUCAACACAUAGCGACAAAGAAAAGGAAAUUUGUCAUGUGUGCGGAGACAGUUUUGCAAACAAGUACAGUUUAGAAGCUCAUUUGAGAGUGCAUACAAAUGACCGUCCAUUUCAGUGUGAAGUGUGCAGUAGUAAAUUUGUGUCCCUUCGUUGUAAAAAUGAACAUGUAAAGAUAAAACAUUCGGAGAAGAAUGAGUGUUGUCCGUUUUGUGAAAAAAAGUUUACUGUUAAGAAGUAUUUGAACAGGCAUAUGAAGAUGAGUCAUGGUAAGGACACUGUCAGUUUAGACUAUUCAUUAGAAAAUAUACAGUAUCAAAUGUAAUGUUUGCCAUUAAUAAUCUUAAAGAUAAUUAUUAUAUUUUUGAAUGUCUUACAUAAGGUAACCACCUGACUUUUACCCUUGGAAGAUUUUAAUUAAAACGGAAUAAGUAAAAAUAAAUUCUUUUAUUUUAUAAAAAUAAGGUACAAAAAUACAUUCUUAUUUAGUAGAAAAUAUGAAAAUAAUAAUUACAAUAUAUUACAAAUACUGUGUGUAAGUAUAAAAAAUGAGUAUUAAAAGUAGUUCUUAAGAAGUAUUUUACAUUUUAAUAGAUUUUACAUAAAGAAUAGAAAACAUACUGGCUCAUUCAUUGAUCUAAGAUUACCAUUUUGUUAAAAUAAUUUAGAAGUUAACAAAAAAAAUCAACUUAAAAAGAAACCGAAAAAAUAAAUAUAAUAUGAUAAAGCCUAUUUUCAAAUCCUAUUCAAAACACACUAUAUGUAUAAAGAUAAGUACAUUUAUUUUAAAUUA